AUGGGCCCAACUGGCUCUGGAAAAACACAUCUAGUCCAGACGCUUGCAAAAUAUCUAGACGUCCCCUACGCCGUCGCCGACUGCACAGCCCUAACUCAAGCAGGCUACGUCGGCGAAGAUAUCGAAUCGGUCAUUCAAAAGCUUUUGCAAAACGCUGGAGGAAAUGUAGAAAAGGCCCAGCGUGGUAUCGUUUACUUGGACGAGAUAGAUAAAAUUGCAGCGAGAAAGCUAUCCGGCGGUAACUUCCGCGAUGUUUCUGGCGAGGGUGUUCAGCAAGGACUGCUCAAAUUGCUGGAAGGGUCGGUUGUUUCUGUCAAAGAUCCUUUUAAAAAACCUGCAGCGGGAAAUAAUCAAGUGGACACUUCUGAUAUUCUCUUUAUCUGUUCGGGCGCGUUCACUGGACUGCCGAAGCUCAUUCAAAGCCGUUUGCAAAAGAAGUCUCUUGGUUUCACGACGAAGCCUCAAAAAGUCUCUCUCAGUAAAAAGUCCAAAAUCGCUGCAAUGGAGGGAUUCUUGGGCGCUGACAGCGAUGUGUUGGACAGACAGCUUUACGAAAUCUACUUCAAAAACGUCUUCGUUUCAUAUGCAAAGGAAAAAAGGCUCAACGAGAACGAGCUUCGAUACAAAGUAGACAUGUUCAUUAGAAGAUGUAUUCAAACGGCUGCUGCAAUAAUUGAUUUCGAAGAGAAACAAGACAUCGAAGAAGUGAAAGUAAAGAAUGUUCAAAAUCAGAUGGAAAACGUAGAAAAGAAGGGGUCAAAGCUGGCCGAAGAAUUGAUCCGAACAAGAGAAGAAAAAGAAAACGCCGAGAAGAUGCUGAAAAACAUUGAGCUCGACGGAAAAAUUAUGGAAAAAUUUAAGAACGAUCUUUCGGAAGCGCAAAAAAACUACUUCUCCGUAGCCAUAAAAGCCAAAACAUUGACAGAAGAAGCUAAGAAGAGUGAAUCCAAAAUCGCCGAACUUGAAAGUCUCGUCAGCUUGGGAUACGCGGAGAAAGACAGAUUAUCUGCCGAAAUCCGCGCUCUGGCUUUAAAAGCGAAUCAGAAAGAAAAAACAGAAACGAAGGAAGUUGCCGAGUUGAAAUCUCAAAUUGCCUCGCUUCGAGAAAUUAACGAAACUUUCCACAAAAACGUCACCAGCUCUUCUGAAAAACUCAUGCUCGAGAAGAAGGAAUGCACGAAAUUGCGCGGCCAAAUCGCUCAAUUCAACAAAACCAACAAAGAGAACUACGACCUCAAAAGUACAAUCGCACAGAUGAUGACCGAACACGAAGUCACCAAGAAGACUUUGAAGGACAAAGAUACCCUCGUCGAGGCGCUGAAUAAAAAGGGACGAAGCAAAAACGAACUCACCAAAAAGCAAACUCAACAGCUCAGACAGACUGUUUCGGAGCUCAAAAUGGAGCUUGAAGCUCUCAAGGACAUUUCUGCAUCAAACGAGCAGUCAAUGAAAAACGAGCUCGACAACAUGGAAAAACAACUGCACCUCGCGAUAGAACAAACAAGCAAUCUCCUCAGCGAAAAGGAACGUGAAAACGCGAAGAAAUCUGCUGAGCUUAGCCAGCUUAACGAGCAGCUGGCGAAGAUAUGUGAGCUCGAGAAAAUCCACCAGAACCUAAGUGUCAGCUGGAACAUGGUCGACCUUUGCCUUGGUGAUCUUUGGUAUCUCGAUCUUGCACGACACGAGCAAGUUUUCAAAGAUGUCUUGCUUGUCGCUCAGGGUGAAAUGGCUCUCGUGAAAUGGCGAAGAUAUCUUAUCUUGAAAGAAGAAAAAGUUAAAAUGAAAGAAGCCCUCGACGAAAAAGCAAGACAGCUCUCAACUAUUGAAGAAAAAUACACGCGCCAAAUUAACGAACUUAAUUUUGAAAAAGAAAUAUUGCAAGAAAACCUUGAAGUCUCCCAGCAAGACGUGGAAGAUCUCGAAGAAAAGCUAAAGAAAAGUAAAGAAAUUAAACCUACAAUAACAACCGUUAUUACUGAAACAACGGAGAUUAUCAAGUCAAAGCCAAAAAUAGCAUAUUUGCGCGAGCAAAUUCAAAAUUUCGAAAAAAUCCAGGAAACAAACGAUAGAUUGAGAUUGACCUCGAGCGACACGCCUGAUUGUGACGACUCACACAGCGUUUCUAGCUCUAUAAUAGCGUACUCUCCAUCGAUGAACGAGUUGAGACUGGUCGACUCCAACCGAUUAUCGACCAGUUCUUCCAACAACACCACAACGCAGCACAAGUCGACACUGUUCAAAGUUGCGGAGAUGCGUGCUCAACUCGGCCUGCUACCCAUCGCUGAUCAACAAGUAGCGACGCUGGAAAAUGAAAUAACAAUGGAUAAUAACAAUGAUUGA